ACGACGACCCUCUCAUGACACAACAGUCCAAGAAGAAACAACGAGUUGAUGAUGAAUCCAUUCCCACAGACUCUGGCACAAAGCCAAUCCAGCUCCAACGACGCCGAGUCUGGCGAGCAUGCGAGAGUUGCAGGCGGAAGAAGAUCAAAUGCGACGGCUGCGAGCCUACUUGUUCUCAGUGUCAGAGCUCUGGAUCCCAGUGCACCUGGCUUCAGACCAAAGACAGAGCGGCUUUAAGCAGACACUAUGUGCAAGAGCUUGAAGCAAGAUUGCUGCACAUGGAGUCCGUGUUUGCUCAGAUAACUCCCGUCCUCGACCAACUAGGCCCUUCACUCAAUCUCCCCGGUGUGCCCGGAGCAUCCACCAAUCCAGAGACGUCAAGUGAUGGUGGACUGGCUCCCGCAUCUGCAGUACUACAAGCCCUCUCCUCGAAAGUGGCCUCAGAAAUCCAGGUGGCAGAGCAGUCUUCCCCAGAAUCUUCGAUCGUCAAGAUGGAGGACGAGGUCUCUGAAGCACUUGGGCAGCUGGCUCUAGACGAGCAUGGGCACAUGCGCUGGAUAGGGGGCUCCUCCACUAUGUCCCUCAUACAGUCGUUUCGGUCUAUGACCACUCCCCCGCUUCACCGGAUCUCACCCAUGGAGGAGGACCCGCGGGCGCCCGGACCGAGUGCCAACAAGCUAUAUUUCCCAGCCUCAGUCUUCUUUGGCAAAGUCCAUGCCUUACCAGGUGCGGAGGAAGUCGAGUAUCCUGACGAAGAUUUGGCCGAGAAACUGGUGGAUGCGUAUUUCUCCCGUUUGCACUUCCUUUUUCCUGUCGUGGAUAAGCCUUCCUUCAUGCAGAAGUACAGAAGCCUGAUGAACAACAGAAGGAAGGGCGAUGUCAAUUACGUCCAAGCUGAGGCAGCUUUCACAUCUGUGGUCUUCGCAAUUUUUGCUUGCGCUGCGAGGUUCGUUGACGAUCCUCGUCUUCACGGGGAAACGUCGGAUGACGGUGGUAUGGGCAUGAUUUACUACGAAAGAGCUCUCAUUCUACAUUAUAUCAGUCAUGCUUCCAUUCAGUUAUAUCACGUCCAAAGUCUCGCUCUUAUGUCGUCAUUCCUCUGCUCUGUCAAUUGCUUGCCGCAGGCCUGGCUGUUGGUAGGACAAGCAGUGCGUUCCGCCCAAGAUUUAGGGCUUCAUCGUUCUUCUAGGCGAUUGAAUGCGCCUGUAAUUGAGAAGGAAACGCGCAAAAAGGUCUGGUGGUCUGUCUACGCAUUGGACCGUAUGCUUGCUCUUGCUCUUGGCCGCCCCCUCGGCGUUGAGGAUUCCGACUGUGACGCUGAGUUUCCAGUUGAUGUGGACGACGAAGCAUUACCUGCAUAUUUCAAUGGAAACCCUGUGGACCAGAAGCAGCCAUCCCUUAUGUCUGGCACAUUGUUCCUUAUCCGACUCUACCAGAUUUGCGGUCGUGUCCUUCGGCAAGUCUAUGCCAUCGACAACUACAAGGAUGUCCUUGAGCCAGAGAAGAAAACGGAUCUUCAACGCCGUGUCGAUGUUCUGGAUGCUGAACUCACCCAGUGGUUUGAGGAAUUACCGGCUGCCUUUAAGACUGCACCGGCCAAUGAGCAGCAAUAUUCGAUGGGCGCCGUCCUCUGCAGUCACUACUACUCCGUGCACACGGCUUUGCAUCGCAACUUCUUGCCGGUCAAAAGGAACGAGCUUACUUCCCUUUCCUCCACGGCGAAAGCAAUGACCUCAGCUCGUGCUUGCAUCCGCCUCUCCGUAACGAUCAACCAAGUUGUACCCCCAUCUCACCACUUGUCCUUCUUCAUCCAACAUCUCUUUAGCUCCGCUGUAAUCGUACUGCUUUACGCCAUGCACAGUGAUCCUAAAGCUGCACCGGCUGCUAUGGACGAGGUUCGGACUUGCCUGCGACCGCUGGAGGCUUGGGAGGGUCACUGGCCGGGUGCCCGGAAGUGCAAGGAGUUGUUAAACGAACUUAUUACCACGGCGGAUGAUGCCGUGAGGAAGCAGACAAUGCCUCCGCCCGUGGCACCAGCACUUCUUGAGCGACGGCACUCCGUUUCAACCUCGGCUCAAAAUUCGCAAUUCUCUGGCGCGAGUCGGCCGAUGAAAAGCAAGCCUAGGCGGAUCAGCCGCUCUCGAGAUCCUAGCGCAACGAGGCGUGCUCCCGUGAGCGCUCCUUACAGAACUGACUCCCAAAGAAACAGAUCUACAUCUCGGAAACGAGGCCAUGAUGAAAGUGAAGGGCUCCCAAGCCCUCAUCCUUCCAUCCAUAGCGUUCUUAGUAGCCCCACCGUAACAGGUCAAAAACCUAGUCCACAUGGUUCUCCUGCCUCGGGCAAUCUUCCGUCUCCGUCCAUGUCGAACGUCGAGGGUCCUCACAAUCUCGAAGACAGCCCGCAAAUGACACAUGCGUCUCCGUACGCUUUCAGUGGCACAUCACUUUCGCCGCUUCAUGUUCCAUCUCCUCGAUUUGACUACGACUAUGGGAUACACCAAAGCCCACUCGCUGCCUCUUCUUCGCAUACAUGGGACGUCACCGGGUCAGAACCCCAGAUGUUUUCGCCGAGCUCACCGACUAAUCCGGCAUUCAAUACUGGGUUUGAGUCCCAUCCGACUACUAUGGACGCCUGGUUCAACGGAUCGUCGGAUUUGCAAUAUACGCUGUCUACGACGCCUCCAGGAGCAUCAUUUGCAACACCUGGUUUGCCCUUCCACGGACUGGAUUACAUCCGAAAUUACAACCCAAACGGAUAUCCUGUUCACGAUCAGGACUCCCUUUGGCAACAAGGCCUUGAAAACGUCAAUUUUGGAUUUGAUCCUGAGUUGCCCUUCAACUUCGGCGAUGGACAUCCCGAGAGCCAUGACAACGUCCAACAUUCCUCUUCCUCUCACCAAGCUCAGCAGUGAUGGGACGGCUUUCCAAUGAGCUUUGGCGCAUGAUUUUGUACUGACCAUCUAGUGUAUCCAUACUUGACUCGCUUUCGUCUGUUGUAUCUGGAUUUUUCUCGCCUUUCCUCUACCUCUACCUACUCUACUGCCUAUGCACCCCAUCUUCCGUGUUGCCAUUGGUCUUAAUCUGCGCCUUUGACGGACAGUGUACAGUAUACCAUAUACGGAACGGCUACCCCGGACUUCCGGGUGCCGGAGCCUCUGUUGCUCCGGACUAGAGUACUUAGGAACGUCACGCAUCUACUACAUAGAAAUUAAUACUCAUUCUUGUCCCG